GGGCCGUCCCCGGCACGGUUCGGGUCGCUGGGUGCAGCUCGCGGCUUCCCGCUGCCUGUCCGGCCUAUGGCGGCGCGUCGUGACUGAAACCUCCGGCGGGCGCGGGUCGCAUCAGGUUAAUGUGAUGGGACCAAGCAAGCCUUUGUCUGAUGCUCCACUCGCACCCACUACCCAGCUGUACAGGAGUGAAGCAAAGCCUUUACAAACACAGCUCCAGUUUAAUAAGAAUGUUCCAGCAUUUCCGGAAAACUUAUCACUCAGAUUCUCUAACCCCCAUCCAAUUAUAAUAGAAAAACUGCAGUCAUUUAACGAUCAGAGAAAUCUAGCUGGAAGCGAUGACCCCAGCAUAAGAAGCUCUGGCAUGUUUUCAGUGAUAUCUGAAGAGAGACUAAAAUUGGCCAUUCAUCUAGCCAAAAGGGACAUAAAACGAAGGCAUCUUGAAGAGCAAGUGAAACAAGUGUUUGGAGGUGCUGUCAAUAAAUCGUUGUUGGCCCAGAGGUCGCAAGAGCAGAAGAGCAAAGUGUCUGAAAGUCUAGGAGAGAAAAGUGAGCUCGAGUCUCAAACUCAGCUGAAACAUCACCAGAAACUUGUCCAGCCUUCCAAAAUGAAGACUGCCAUGUCUGGAACAAAAGUGUAUCUCUACUCACCAAAUGAGAAAAUGUUAAUACCAGCUGUUUUGGGCUCUUCACUCACCCAUAAUGCAAGGUCAGACCCCAAGACAAACGUUAAAAUAAAGGACAAUAAUAACAUUCUUGAAAUUCAACGGCUGCAAAAAGAACUACGAAGUUGCAUCCAGAAAAUUGAAGACCUAACUAAAAAAGAGCGAGGUAAAAAAAGCUUAGAUGCUGAUGAAGAGCAACAACUUUGCACUCAAAGGCAGAAACAAGAUGCACGGUCAGCUCAGAUGCUGUAUGUACUCCAGCAACAGGUAAAAGAAAUUCAGGAUGAUUUGGAAAAACUGAGUCCUCAUAAAAUCAAACAUACUAAAAAGUCCCAAGCAGUAUCCAGAUUGGCAGCAGCACACAGAGGAGCUAUACGAGCCUUGCAGGCAUUUGCCAAUCAGUUUACUGACCAAACAGGGCAAUGGAUUCCUACCCACUACAAGGAGCUGGGCAGUCUCAUUCGACAGCUGUCACUCUGUUCUGCCAAACUAGAACUAGAUUCUUCAGCUUCUGAUGUUAUAAUAGAUAUUUUGAUGCAAGUUGAGGAUCUGAUUUCAUUGUUGGAAAUGAAACAAACUCCCAAAAAAAUGAAGAAUUGUCUUUCAAAAUCUCAUGGCAAAUCUCCAGUGAACACUGUGACAUUUCCAUCCAGAAAGCAGCCAAUAUCUCCAGAACGAGAAAAUAAGCCUCUCCUCUUAAAGGAACAACAUGGACGUGGACAUAGAAAAUCUCCAGCUGCCAGAGAUAAACAUCGACAUGUUGCAAAAAAUUUGGCAGUUCAGAAGAUGAACAAUCACAUUCCUGAUAAAUUCCAGGAAGCAAAUGAUCUACCCACUCCAGAAAGAAAUGUUGUUUUACAGGGAAGUCCAGAUGCACUGGUGAGAUCUAGAGCUGUAAAAAAAGAUCCCAUCCUUCAAAGUGGCUCUUUAAAGAAGAAAGACAUAUUCUUACCUGCGAAAUCACGGGGAAUGCCUAAAUCUCUAAAACCAAGGCAGGUGCAGCCUCCAGGAAAUCAUGCCCGAUUUCGAGAGACAACUAUAGCUUUUCAGUUAAAAGAGAACAAACGAUUUGUUAAGGAGAACAGCAUACCCUGGGUGCCUCCAAACCCUACGUCACCUCCCGCUUCACCUAAACGACUAGCAUGGCGUGAAGCAGAAGCGUCAAGAAGAAUGAAAGUUCUGACUGACGUUAAUAGAGGAGAAAUGAAAAAAGUACAAAAGUUAAGGUUGCAAAGUGCUUCUCCAACUCAGUAUGCAGACAAAGUUGACAAAGCAGCAUGUGAGCAUGUAGAACUUCUGUUGGAUAGGGCACAGCAGAUCAAUAUUUCCUCGGAAACAAACUGUCAUUUGAAGGAUCCUUCAAUAUUAAGCCAGCUUUCAACUCAUGCAGCUGAGAAGGUUGCAGCAAAUGCAGAUAUUCUGAGUGAAAAAGUAUUGGAUGAUCUUUUGGAAGAUACUGCUCAGGAGCUCUGCAACAUGGAGCAGCAUAAGAGACUUCAGGAUGAGAAUCUGCUUGUGGCUGGCAGUCCUACUCUGGAGACAAUGUUGCAAAGAAUGGAAGAAAUUGAAAGAUGUCAGGAAACUGUAUGCAGGAGAUUCACCCAGAUUGUGUACAGUGAUUCAGAACUCAGGGCCCAAGAUGAUAAAAUUGAUCAACAAAUGGCAUUAAUAGCUCAAACACCUACAUCUCCUCAUUCAAUUCAGAUAACCAAAUUAACUAGACAGAAAGAGCCAGAAACUGACAUUUUAAUUGAAAAAGUUUUUGAUAACAAUGGCACUGAUGAAAACAAAGAAGCUCAGGAAAAACUGCUGACUGGAAAUGAUAUUCCGAAGCCCUUGACUCAGAAUUCUGUGCAGAAAGAGUCCUAUAUUUCAUUCUCAGUUACAAAGCAUAUGCUCCAGAGUAUCCUGGAUUACAACAGCAAAUACGAGCAUCACCUAAAGCUUCUUUUCCAUGAAACAGUAGGCAGUUUCAAUCCAUGGCAGAUUGCUGAAAGUCUUGCAGAGGAACUAACAGACCAAGCCCUGUUUGAUGUGGCAGCAGAGCUGCAGAAUGUUUGUGAGGAUUAUGCUGAAGCUGUGUUCACAUCGGAGUUCUUGCAGCCAGCACAGUAAGUGCUUUCAAAUCUAACCCAUUACCAAAGCAAUCAACCUCAGUCUAAUAGUUUGAUAAAUCUAAUUUUUCCUAUUUUUGUUUGUUUGUUCUUUUUGUCUGAGAUUUUGUUCCCUUAAAUGAGUUAAAUCCAACGAGAAUUCAGGUCAGGUUUUUAUAGAACCACGAUCAGGACAUUUUUCUUUGACCAGUGUUUUGGUAGAAUGAUGUGAACUACUGCAGGUAAAAUUUAUAUGUUUUAGUAGGUAUACGUGUCUGUUUGCUUUCCUGUGAUAACUUUAUCCAUUUUUGAGUGUAAACUACUGAUGAGAAUAAAAUACUGGGAAGGGGACACUGGAUUUAAGCUAUGUUAUACACUAAGCUGCACUAUGCCUCAAUUUUCUUUCAACUGGGAGUAUCUCAACUACCUCACAAAGGACUUACGGGUUUUAGUUUAUUUCUGUCAAGAAAAUGCAUUGAAUUUGUCUGAUAGUUGUGUUGGAAGAGCAAGUCAUUACUGAUAAUAAUCUAAAAUCCUGAUGGAAAAGUCAAGAACAAAAACCGUUGGAUUUGCUCUUUAGAGCUUUAUGUGUUGUAUAAUAAAGGCACUGUGACCACCAUGAGGAACAGAUGGAUUAGUUCUGUUAGAAUGUGAAGGAUUCCCAUGGCACAGUGCUAAGUAGAGGUAAACUCUUACACUGGCUGUAGACAGAAAUUGCGCUCCUACAGUGAACUUCUGAAUGAAGUAGCUCUCCUGUUUGUUUUAGAAUGUCACUAGUACAUUAUGCACAAAUUAAUCCAUUCAAGAGAAGCAUGUAAUGGAGACUUUCUUCUUCUUCCUUUUUUUCUUUUUCUUUAAAUUAGCUUAAAAUAUUAUAUAAACUUUAAAUCACUUCGUUAUCCAGCCCUACGUUCUUUAAUCUUAGCAAUCCUAUUAAAAUCAAGAGCAACAAAGUAAACAAAAACUGUCAUUUCUGCGCUGUAGUUAAUAAGUUAGUCUCUACUAGUUUGGGUUAUGCCUGGAAUGAGUAAUGAGUAACAUUUAUGGUACUAUUUUGGGGAGGUAUGAGCUCAGCCCUCGAGGUAAUCCAAAAAACAGCAUAACAGGUUGUAUCCUUUGACAAGUUUCUUUUCUAUAGCAGUGUUGCUCUCAUCAGAAUAAGUUUAAUCUCCUAAGGCUAUUUUUAUUUCCUCUUAUUUUAACAUAUUUUAUUAAAAUAAUUGUUUUUAUCAAGGACUUUUCCUGUUUUGUUUGUUUGUCUUGAAUUUUUCACCAGAUGUAACAAUGUAAAUAUUACUGAUGUGUGACUUUGAUGAGUGAUUUCUUAAAUUCUAAACACCACCUUUUUAUUUAUGUAGUUGUAUGAUAAGUCUACUUUAAAAUAAAAAAUAGUAGGCAUAGUGUCUGUAUCUGCAUGUACGCUCAUGAAAGUAUUGCCAAAGUAUUCUGUUUUUUAAUAAACCAUGUGUCUUUCAUAGAA